AUGUCGCAGGCGAAAGCUGCUCCACCUCUACCCCCUUUUGGUACCAGCCGUACGAAAAUACCCUCCUAUCACGUCUUUGUGCUCGCUUCUCCCUCCUGCGAACAACCAUCGCCCUCACCACCACAGCCAACACCUGCUACGUCUAUCUUCACCACCACCAGCUUGACCAUUGUUGCUCGUCUCUGCGGCUCCAGCGACGGGACGGCCAUUUUACGUUCUGCCAGAGAGCCAGUUCUCCGUCGACGACCCCUUCAUUUCGACCGCGCGGGUUCAUUUCCUCCAGUCUCCCCGACCCCUCGUCUUCCUAAUUCUUCGAUACCUCCUAAAAGCCGUCGCAAACUACCUUUUUCAAAGGGUAGUUCGCGCCGUCACUUGCGCACCAUGCCGCCUGCGUACGAGCUUCGAUCUGGUGGAGACGUAAAGAACAAGAAACAGAACAUGGCCGAAUUGAAACUACGACGCUUAAAUGAGCUCAACAUAAGGUUGAAGGAAGACUUAGAACGACCGCGAGUUAAAGUAUCUGAGGCUGCCAUGUCGCUCAUCAACUAUUGCAAUAAUACGAGAGAUUUUAUGGUGCCUUCUGUGUGGGGUCAGGUAAAUAAGAUUGACAAACGCGAAGACCCAUAUGCGCCCCAACAGUCAGGUGGAUGCUGUAUGAUCAUGUAAAAAAUGAUGGAUGGAUAACAAUCCGAGCGUCCAUCCAUUUGACGAUCAUCCAGACUCAGCACCUUUCAUUUACACCCGGAUAUUUUUCGAUUACACAAUCCCUCUCUAGUUCUUUCAUGCAACGACGAUCGGAUUUCCACCAUUCACAUGCUCCGAUUGCGUACCUCAUCAUCUCACCGGCAUUUUCGCAACCAUAUUUUCCUUGCAACGAAUACGAACCAAAACCACUUUAAGAGACCAUGCAUGAAAUGAAUAGCGUGGGCGGCUCAUUCUCUUACGUAGUUGGGUUAAGUCAUUCCCACAGGGUCGCAAGGACCUUUCUUGCUUCCAUGUUUUCACACCGUGCUAAGAGGGGGUUUAUUCGUCAACAAAGAAUGAUUCGUAUUUGUGUAUGUUGAAAAUAUGCGCGGUCGCCUUGCUCAAAAAUCACUGGACUCAAAAAAUACACAUUUCCUUUUGUUUUGGCUGGCAUCCUGGGCUGGAGACCGUUUAUUGGCAUUUUUCGUCGGCUCUUCUUUAACGGACAAUUCAUCUCAUUUCUUUUGUCUCCGGUUCUAUUUCCAUGUUCUCUAUUUCAUUGGAUUAUCACAAUCCAUCUUCUUUUUUUCUCCUUUAUUUCUACCUCUUCUUUUUGUCCACUUUAGCAGUUAUAUCUUCUGUCUCUCAUAUUCACCAUUAUUUAUCUUU